AUGGACUACAUUCGGGAUCACUGCAAGUUAAUUGUAUUCGACGUGCUUAAGGCACGAGUAGAUUUACUGAGCGAGGAUCCCUACAACACCACGAAAGAGAUGAUUUUAGAGCUUCAUAGCAUGUUUAGUGAUUACGAUAAGCUGAUAAAGAAUAACGCCUUACUUUAUAACCCGGCGUUUGCUAUAAAAAAGAAGGAGGCAUUUGACGAGUUCUAUGCUCGAUUUUCAGCUACUAUUACGCCAUUGGGCUAUAGCGAAAGUUAUAAGAUCGCUAUACUACGAAGACUCAUUACUCUCAAGCUCCGAUCACGAAUCGCCGAUAUCUCAUCGUCUUCCUUCCGCUCAGUUGUUAAGCAUUUGCGGAAGACUAACCAAGACCUCCGUCAAUUGAAGGCUAUGCAUAUGGAUAUAAAAGAGAUUAAUGAAUAG